AUGUGGAGAGAGAGAUGUGGGGAGAGUCAGGAAGCGUCAGUAUUGUUUGAGAAAGAGGAUGAUGCCAGAAAGCUGGCUAGCUGUAAGACCCUGACCAUCAGAGGCCAGGUUGUUACCAUACAGACGGAGAAAGAGAGACUGUUGGAGGACUCAAAGGGACUGAACCAGAAGUCUACUGCUGAAAAGAAAGCGACAGCAGCCAAGUACCAGACCAGCACCACCAAGUCAACUAAAACAUCCACCAAGUCUUCAACGACUGCAACUAAACCGCAAACUGCCGGUAGCAAGAACGGAUCUACUACCAAGUCCAAGGGGAAACGUCCCCUCGGUCCUCAGCAGCCUGACAUUGCGAAUGAUAGGUUUGUGAAGAUUGACGGUUUACCAGAAGCUGGGUAUACAGAGGAAGAUGUUCUGGCUCUGGUGAAGCCUUACGGAUAUAAACCUGGACUCGACAACUGUUUUAUUCUGCCCAGCCAGAGAUGGGCCAUAGUCCGUAUGGAGAGAGUACAGAAGAGCUUUGCCAUGUUGACAAACUACACAAUGUCUCCUCCUAAACUACUAGGCUGUCCCCUCACCUUCACGUUGACCCGCCCUGAUACAAACCUUCACCAGGAGGGUGUGUUCACGACUCUGAAUGGCCUCAGCCCUACGAACCCAACGUUGAAGGAACGUCUUCUGAUUGUCAGUAACGUCCCCACAGGGACCGCAGCAGCCAAGGAGGUUCACGACCUCGUCAAACGCGCCGGCUCCUACCUCGACUCGCUGUCUCUGAUCGACAGGAUCUAUUUUGAGAUGGAAUCUUCGUCGGUGGCGAAGGCAGUGUGUCUUCAUUUCCAGAAGUCCCCCAGUGUAGUUCAGAACAAAGCUCUGAAGGUCGACAUGCUGGCCAAGUUUCAACAGCCCCCAGCCCAGAAGACAUCUAUUGUCAGCACCAAAGCCAAGAAGAAACCGAUCAAAGGCAAGAAGCCUGUAGCUAAAGGUGUGGCAGCACCAGUUAAACCUGUUACGUCCACAACCACUACUACCAGCACCAAUGCUGCGGUCUCAUCCUCUCAGGCUGUUGCUGUGGCUACCAAGCAACCGGGUGACGGCGUCAUCGUCGCGGAGGCCAAGCAACCAGGAAGUGACGUCGCGGUGAUGAAUUCCGACGGAAAGGCAACGGUGGCGGAGUCUGGAGGAAAAGGGGCUGGGAUUUCCUCGACAAAAGAUGGGAAGAAGAAGAACGGCCAUCCUCCCAAAGAGGAUGGAGGGGUGGAAACUGAGGAGGCAAAAGAAAAUAAGGAAGACCCUGCGACCGUCGACAUCGUCGUUUCCGCCUCGUUACCUACGGUUGCCGUGUCCGCUCCCGAGGAAGAGGUCGCCAUGGAAACCCAGAGCACCGACGGCGUCGCCUCAACCAAUGAGAUUGCAGCAGAACCCGAACAGGUCCCACAACAGGGCAGUGAUGUCGUUGCGUUGGUUAGUGAAACCGUGACGACUGUGGCCACAACAGAACCUUGUCUGAUCUCCGCUGUGGAGGGAGCUAAUAACGUCGCCAAUCCCGUCGACUCUGACACCAGUGCCGCCUUUGUACCGGCACAAACACCGGCCCCUGUACCGGUAGAGUUAAAUGUUGAAGACAAACCUCAGGACUUUCCUCCGGUAACCGAGGAGAUCCUCAAGGCCCUGGAGGCAGCGGUGCACCAACACCGUAUUGGGAGACUGGUGGAGGAACAGGCUAAACAUGAACAGAACCAGGGAGAGGGGAUCCAGGCCAAGCCUCUACCCAACAAGAAGAGCCCUGCAGCUGGGGAGACGGCGGAGAAAGAGACCCCGGCUGGAGAAAAGAACCAGGGAGAGGGGAUCCAGGCCAAGCCUGUACCCAACAAGAAAAGCCCUGCAGCUGGGGAGACGGCGGAGAAGAAGACCCCAGCUGGAGAAAAGAACCAGGGCCCGGCUGAGCCAGAGGAGAAGACUGGGGAGAAAGAGACAAAGAAGAAAGAGGAGCCACGCCCAGAGAAGAAGUCACAGCCGGACAAAAAACAUCCGACACAAGCUAAAAAGACCACCGACACGAAGAAGACACCUUCAGGAUCUGGGCAACCAGACCACAAGAAUGGGAAGACCCAGGCUUCUGGAGGGAGAGGCCGGCGCGGCGACCGCUUUUCCCCAGAAAGGAGAGACUCUUCUAGGCAUAGAAGCAGCCGGGCUCCUUCCGAGGAGGGCUCCCUCCGACAUCGAGACUUGGUAACUCCUCUAGCGCCUCUUCUGGCUCCCGCAGGAGCAGCGGACAGGACGGCAGCCACGCCAAGAAAAAGGGGAGGAAAGAAGAGGAGUAGGAGAGGAGCAAGAGCCACGGCAGAAGCAGUCAAGCGACUCUCUCCUCUAGGAGCAGGUCUAGAGAUAAGUUGCUACGCGGGUGAUGAGUUUACGUCUGACGUCAUCCCCGGUGAAGCCAACUCCUUCUAUCUGGGCCAGUUCAACAUGGACCAGUUUGUUACUGUGGACGAGGUGGAAGGGGAUGAGGCUGAGAACACCGACCCACCGCAGUCAUCCUCAUCUUCGUCACACAAGACUCAAGAUAAGGCCUCGGAAAGUUCAAACCGAUCGUCCAAACGCAAGAGGGGUACCCCAGAUUCCCCAACUCCGAAAUCUAGCCAGGAGCACAAGGAGUCACCCACGUCCUCCUCCUCUACCCCCCCUGCUCAGAAGACUCCACGAAAAGCCGCAGCAAAAAAGGCGGCAGCUAAACCUCAACCACCUGCCACCUCUGGACGCAAGACCAGGUCAUCAGCAACUGUUGUUGUAGCAACCGAAGCCGCAGAAACCCAGGAAGCCGCUGCCGCCGCCGACGACACCACCGGCAUAGCCGAUACGGAGGCGGAGCUUGUUCCCUUGGAGACUCGGUCUCAGUCGGAAGAGGAAGUAGUAGUGGUCACUAAGGGAUGUGGCACGGAGGAUGUAGUACCGUCAUCCCGCCACCAGAUGUCAGUGUUGGACACUGCAGUGACAGACAACAAGGAAGAGAAAAGUGCUGUGUCAGAGAGCGAUAUGGCGACGACAGCUGAAAAACCUCCAGAGGUAGAGGGGAGCGAAGAGACUACCCAGGCUGAAAAAGGUUCCUCGAUUCUGGGUACCGAGGCUCAGAAUGGAGCCUGUCCACUGGAGCUUGGUCUGACCCAUCCGUCUGCCUCAGCCAAGGAGCGAGACCUUCAGAAGGCCCUGGAACUACAAGAGGUGGAGACGGUGUCGGGUCACCAGGUGCCCCGAUCACUUAUCGAUAAAGUUCCUGAUGAUGAUGAUGAUGGUGGUGAUUUCCAGAUACUCGACGAAGCUGUGGACGAUGACACACCUAGAGACGGAGAAGAGGGCAGUCAAGACACUCAAGAACAGUCUGUAUCUCUAUCUCUGGGUUACCAGGCGCCUGCGGCCUCCGAAUCUACAGGUUCCCAGGUGCCUCAAACUACUCUAGAGGAACACAAAGAGAUCUCCGACGACCAACAAGAAUCUGCUUUCCAGAUCCUCGACUCCCUAGAAGACACUGAAGACAACAUGGCCGACUCCUCUCUCGCAGGCCAACGAGGCCGAAGAGAUUCUCUACCCAGAGAGAUGGAAGGGUUCCAGAUACUAGAUUCAGUCGACGAUCAGACGGAAACGACUCAAGCUCUGGACAACCAUACGACUAAAUCUAAAUGUCAGGGAGGCUCCAAGCCUAUAAAGGGGGGCAAGAAGGCACCCCAAAAGAAGGGUAAGAGGGUACCCAAAACUCAAAAGGUGACCAAGACCGCAAUAGGAGAGUCCGAGGGGGGUACCCCGAAAAAGAGUAACCUUGUCACCUUGGAUGAGGUGAGCGAGGAGGAGGAGGCUUACCCAGAUGAUGCCGCCGAUGAGGAAGAACUGAUUAAGAAACAAAAAGUGGUGAAGGAGAAGCAGCGAGAGAAGGAAAGAGGGAAGGAGAGAGAGAAAGGGAGAAGGAGUAGAGAGAAGGAACGGAAGAGGGAGGAGGAGAGAGAGGAGAGGGUCGGAGUGGAUACUGAGGGCUUGGUGACUUUGGAUGAGAUCGGAGAGUAUGAAGGGGCGGACGGGCCUUGCCUGGAGCCACACCCCUUCAGCCAGGAGGACGAAUCAGGAGACACCUUCAACCCAGAGAGUCUGGUAACCCUGGAUGAGGCUGGAGGUGAUGGGAAGGAUGAGAUGGAGGAGGAAGAGCAGAACAAGAGUCCUGAACCAGCGCAGAUCCAGCAAGCUGACAACACAGGGUCUCCUGGUGCAGAGGACGACUGCAGGGGCAUGGAGGAUAUCAGGAGAAUGGACUUUGUGACCGUGGAUGAAGUGGGAGAGGAGGAGGAGGAAGAGGAGGCUGUUGCUACAAGGAGAGGAGCCAGGGGGAGGAAGAGGGCCCGACAGACCUCUGCCAGGAAAUCAGUGAAAGCAAAGAAGGUGAGCGUCAAAAACGAGGAAGAAGAGGAGCCUCGGGCAGAUAUUACUCCUCCCACUGACCCAGCUUCCGUUGACGCUCCCUCCUCAUUGCUCCAAGUCGCUGUGACCUCAGAGGUGGACGCCCAACCAGCUGCCUCAGUUCCAGACCUCCAGGAGAAAGAGACGGAGGCUGAUACCCCGGCAGACCAACCCAGCCUGGAGGCCUCCUCAGCUGGGCAGGAGAGGCAGACUGACCCCCCUGAGAACCAGAGUCUGGAGGGGAAACGGGAGACAACAGACAUGACUGUUGGAAAGCCUUGUACCGAGUCCACAACACUACAAGAAGACAGUAAACAGAGAAGAGAGGAGGAAGAGGAGCCUGACUUAAAGCGUUGUCGUUCUGAGUCUCCUCUGAUCACAGACUUCAAACUGCCUCCCUUCAGUCCUCACAACCCUAUAGGCCAGGACUUUGUGGUUCCUAAGACAGGGUUCUUCUGUAAGUUGUGUUCUCUGUUCUACGGGAGUGAAGACAGAGCCAAGAAGACCCACUGCAGCACUCUGCAACACUAUCAGAACAUGCAGAAAUAUUACCUGAAGCGUCAGAAGCAACAAGCAGGAAGUUCUAGCCACGGCUCUUUCUCCGAAUGACCCCCUUGACCCUGCAUGUUUUCCAAUUGGCACCCUAUUCCCUAUAUAGUGCACUACUUUAGACCAGAGCCCUAUUCCCUACAUAGUGCACUACUUUAGACCAGAGCCCCAUAGUGCUCUGGUGGCAGGGUGCCAUUUGACUCCCAACUCAAUCAAUCUUUAUUUUCUCAUUUGUCUGUUUGAAACAACUGUAAGUCUGGUCAUAAUACUACACUAUAUUGGCUAACAGAGGAUCUGAGUAGAGGAGUGCUGAUCCAGGAUCAGUCCCCCCCAGUCCAUAUAGUUAUGAUCUACUAGACUAGACUGAUCCAGGAUCAGUCCCCCCCAGUCCAUAUAGUUAUGAUCUUAAAGACUGAUCCAGGAUCAGUCCCCCCCAGUCCAUAUAGUUAUGAUCUACUAGACUAGUCUGAUCCAGGAUCAGUUCACCCCCAGUCCAUAUAGUUAUGAUCUACUAGACUAGUCUGAUCCAGGAUCAGUUCCCCCCCAGUCCAUAUAGUUAUGGUCUACUAGACUAGACUGAUCCAGGAUCAGUUCCCCCCCCCAGUCCAUAUAGUUAUGAUCUUAUAGACUAGACUGAUCCAGGAUCAGUCCCCCAGUCCAUAUAGUUAUGAUCUACUAGACUAGACUGAUCCAGGAUCAGUUCCCCCCAGUCCAUAUAGUUAUGGUCUACUAGACUAGUCUGAUCCAGGAUCAGUUCACCCCCAGUCCAUAUAGUUAUGAUCUACUAGACUAGUCUGAUCCAGGAUCAGUUCCCCCCCAGUUCAUAUAGUUAUGAUCUACUAGACUAGACUGAUCCAGGAUCAGUUCCCCCCAGUCCAUAUAGUUAUGGUCUACUAGACUAGACUGAUCCAGGAUCAGCCCCCCCCCCCAGUCCAUAUAGUUAUGAUCUACUAGACUAGACUGAUCCAUCUACUAGACUAGACUGAUCCAGGAUCAGUCCCCCCCAGUCCAUAUAGUUAUGAUCUUAAAGACUGAUCCAGGAUCAGUCCCCCCCAGUCCAUAUAGUUAUGAUCUACUAGACUAGACUGAUCCAGGAUCAGCCCCCCCCCCAGUCCAUAUAGUUAUGAUCUACUAGACUAGACUGAUCCAGGAUCAGUCCCCCCCCCCCCAGUCCAUAUAGUUAUGAUCUUAUAGACUAGACUGAUCCAGGAUCAGUCCCCCCCAGUCCAUAUAGUUAUGAUCUUAUAGACUAGACUGAUAUAGGAUCAGUCCCCCCCCAGCCCAUAUAGUUAUGAUCUUAAAGACGGAUCCAGGGUCAGUCCCCCCCCCCAGUCCAUAUAGUUAUGAUCUUAUAGACUAGACUGAUCCAGGAUCAGUUCCCCCCCCCAGUCCAUAUAGUUAUGGUCUUAAAGACGGAUCCACUAUAUGGGCUAACAGAGGAUCUGAGUAGAGGAGUCGUCCCCCCCCCCCAGUCCAUAUAGUUAUGAUCUUAUAGACUAGACUGAUCCAGGAUCAGCCCCCCCCCCCCAGUCCAUAUAGUUAUGAUCUACUAGACUAGACUGAUCCAUCUACUAGACUAGACUGAUCCAGGAUCAGUCCCCCCCAGUCCAUAUAGUUAUGAUCUUAAAGACUGAUCCAGGAUCAGUCCCCCCCAGUCCAUAUAGUUAUGAUCUACUAGACUAGACUGAUCCAGGAUCAGCCCCCCCCCCAGUCCAUAUAGUUAUGAUCUACUAGACUAGACUGAUCCAGGAUCAGUCCCCCCCCCCAGUCCAUAUAGUUAUGAUCUUAUAGACUAGACUGAUCCAGGAUCAGUCCCCCCCAGUCCAUAUAGUUAUGAUCUACUAGACUAGACUGAUCCAGGAUUAGUCCCCCCCCCCCCAGUCCAUAUAGUUAUGAUCUACUAGACUAGUCUGAUCCAGGAUCAGUCCCCCCCCAGUCCAUAUAGUUAUGAUCUUAUAGACUAGACUGAUCCAGGAUCAGUCCCCCCCAGCCCAUAUAGUUAUGAUCUUAAAGACGGAUCCAGGGUCAGUCCCCCCCCCAGUCCAUAUAGUUAUGAUCUUAUAGACUAGACUGAUCCAGGAUCAGUUCCCCCCCCCAGUCCAUAUAGUUAUGGUCUUAAAGACGGAUCCACUAUAUGGGCUAACAGAGGAUCUGAGUAGAGGAGUCGUCCCCCCCCCCCAGUCCAUAUAGUUAUGAUCUUAUAGACUAGACUGAUCCAGGAUCAGUUCCCCCCCCCCCCCCCCCC